UGAUCAGUCCUAGAUUGACUUGGUACAUUAGCUGAAAACGGCAAUCAGAAUAAAUUCCACCUGCCAUUCUCACUUGCAAACUUACAUUGAUAGUAAUAGCCAAGACAAUGAAGCAUGGACAUCAAUUUCUUUUCUUGGGACCAAAAGACGUCAACAAUUGAGCAUCUUUAAAACAAUGUUCAGCUAACCAAAUGGUUUCCAACAACACAACAAUCGAGUUAUCUAGCAUUUUUGUUCACUGGUUUCUCCAUUCACUUUAGCAGAACCACAAAUGGAGAGCAGUAGGAUGCAUGAUAAUCAAAGACUUAGGGCCUUUUUCAAAAUUUUCAUCCCUAAUAGCUCCAAAGAAAGAAUGAAAAUUCCCUCAGCAUUUACAUCAUAUAUGAAAGGAAAGCUAUCUCCAAGGGCAUACCUAAGGGAUCGAUUUGGAAAUAAGUGGCCUGUCAGAGUGGGAAGAAUUGGAGAUGACUUCUUUUUCCUUGAUGGUUGGGCUGAAUUUGUUGAGGAAAAUUCUGUGGAGCUGGGAGAUUUUUUAGUUUUCCAGUAUGAUGGCCAUAGUCUUUAUGAUGUAAAAUUGCUUGGCCAUAGUGCUUGCGAAAAGAAAGGAGUUGGAGCUCUUAAAGUGCUUAAGCACGAGGAGGAGGAGCAGAUGGAAGAAGUUUGUGAGGUGAAAGAAGUAGAGGGAGAGGAAGAAGAGGAAGCUGAUGAAGGUAAUGAGGUUAAAAAAGAAGAACAGGAAGAAGAUAACCGGGAAAAAGAGGAGGAAGAAGGGGAGGAAGAAACCCAUGAAGAUAAACAAGAAGAAAUGGAGGAGAGUUACUCCAAUGCAACUGAAAUUGACACUGAUCAAGAUUAUAUAAUGGAAGAGGAAGAAGAUUUUACUGAAGAAGCAGAAGAAGAAGAAAAGGAUAUGGAAGAGGAACAACCAUCCAAAGCUGACAUAACAGCUACCCCUGGAACCUCAAAGUCUACUUACAAAGGCUUAAGAAAGAUCAAAGGAGGCAAGCAAGGCAACAAUUCCUUGGAAGUUAACGGGGCUGAAACGGAGGGAGAGAAAGAGCAGGAUGCUGACGAGAUUGAACAGAAAAAGGAAGGAGCGGGAGAAAUUAAUGAAGAUAAACAAGAAAAGGAGGUGGGGAAGUGUUAUUCUAAUACAAUUGAAACGGAAGCUAAUUCUGAUUAUAUGAUGGAAGCGGAAGAUGAUAGUACCCAGAAAGAAGAAGAAGAAGGUAAUGUGGAAGAGGAACCAGCAGCUAAAACUCACUCUAAGGUUGCUACUGUAGACUCAAAGUCUUCAAGCAAAGGCAGAAAAAAGAUCAGAGGAGGCAAGCAUGAAUCUAAAGCUGUCAAUGGUCAUAAACGUCGUAGAAGAUGGCUUAUUGACCCUUAUGGCUACGAUCUUUUCAAGUCUGGAUGCAUUUCCCAGCCGAAGAAUCCUUAUUUUGUUACACAAAAAAGGGCAAGGAGACAAGAUGCAUUGUAUGUUCCUCAUGAUAUUCUGAGAGAUCACAAUCUUAAGCUGCCACAAGAGAUCAUCCUUGUCGACCAACAAGGCAGGGAGUGGACUUCAACUCGUAACCAUUGGAAGGAUGGCAGAUUUUGGUACCAUGGUGGAUGGAGCAGUCUCUGCAGGGUCAACAUUGUUGGAUUUGAUGACAUUUGCAUCUGUGAAUUUAAGAGAAAAGUUGGUGGAGGCCUUUACAUUGAAGUCCAAAUUCUUCGCCAACAAGAUACAUAAUGGUCAGAAUUUGAAGCAACAAGUGAUCCUGUUAGGCAUUAUGCAAUUAAGUUUCUAGUUGAUGGAUUCAGUUCUGAGUUGUUCCAUGACUUUUUAUUUCACUAAUUAAUGUUUAGCUAAUACCGGAGGGAGGAUACCAGAGCUGAGUUAUGUUCUAAGCAGACUGCAGUCCACUUCUGAUGGAUUUAGAUGUUGGAUUAACUUAUGCCAAAAACUUAAUUUCUGCCAAAGUGCAGUAGUUUAUUUGUAAUAACAAUUUAAUCCUGGAUUAGGCAACUUUAGAUUUGCUUUAGUUUUGGUCUAGUUCAAGCUGGGCUUGGAAUGAGAAUGGUUCACAAGUUUAUGUUAGA